CACACGCCGGAGCAGCUCCAGCCUGGGAACAUUGGGCGUGAACGUGGGGGAAAGUAGGGACCACAUUAUAGGAUCAAGGCUUUCCCCGGCUCAGAACUGGACUGUUCGGUGUCCCCUAGAAGGGGCAGCGGGUCACCUACGCCAAUGAACGGGAGUGCACACCAAAACGCCUGCUGUCGGUAGUUUCUUGUGCCUCAGCCUUGCUUCUGCCUGUGAUGUAGUCAGAAAGGACUCGCUUUCCAUGUGUUAACAAGGGGACAGGUAGCUUCACAGAGUGUAUGAAUAUGGAGGGGAGGGCCACAGCGUCAGCUCUGGCCCCAGGGGCCGUUAGUGCCCCUGCAGAAUUCCUGGUCCAAGCCGCCAGAAUUCCUUGGGGACUUUGCUUCAGUGGCAUCAAAUUAGACUGUCAGUUCCCGGGGCCUGAUCACCAGCCUCCGUAUGUAUUUCCUGGGAAGAAAAAGCAUACCAGACUGAUGGAGUCUUAUCAUUAUUUUAACAUUAUAGCUUUCAAUAGAUAACAUGCAUAUAUUUAUUUUUUAAGUCAAAUAAUACAAACAUUUAUCUUCUAGAGGCACUGCCUGCACUAGCAUGUGUCUAUUGCUAUCUCCUUUCUAUACUCAUAGCCUUUCACACUCUACAUGUUCUGUCGCCGUCUUUUGAUUCUUUAUCCAGAAAAUGAUGUCACCACCACUGCCCACAUCCUUUAAUCUCCAGUGUUCCUUCUCGCAACGCCUAUCUUGUCCUCAAAUGUUUUUCACAAGGUGUUCCUCAGGGUAGGGAGCCCACUAACGAGAAGACAUUUCAUUUACUUGCUUCAACUAUCCCAGAGAUCUGAAGAAAAGGCACAUUGGGGAACAGUCCAUGACAAGUUCUAAACACACCUAUCUUUCCCCUUAAACUGGAUCUUCCAAGUGCAGUUUAGGUAGUCUGUUAUUGAGAGGAAAUAAUGCAGGCUGUUUUCUGAAAUGCUCUGGAUUUCCAGAACUUAACACCACAGUAGUUCCUAUUCCUUAAAACAGAACUUCAUCAGUCACACCUUGCUGUUGCUUUUCCCGUCUCCAUUCCAGGAUCCCCUAACUGACAUGCCUAGGAUUUUUUUCUCUGUAGGAACCUGGGACACCGGGUGCUUUAUACCUGCCUGGGAGGUGUUCCAUGAAGGGGCUGAGGGACAAAGCUUUGUGGUGGACAAGGUGGGAGGGGAAGAUGUAGGGGAAGUUGGAGGGGAAAUAGGAAGGAAGAAGCAGGCCAAGACCCUUGAGUACAGAAGACUCCUCAAGCACAGAGCCCUGUCAUUUAGGAACAGUCUCCAUAUAAUUUGCUAAGAGACCACACAUGCGGGUUACUUCCUGCCAACAAUCAGUACAGUCAGCUCUGUUUCAAGACUUCUAUGUUAGGCCAAAACAUAGUAAGUGAAAACAAUCAGCAAAUCAACCAGUUUUUGUCUCUAUGAUAAAACAGAGUGGUUGAAACUAAAUUAAUUAAAAAAUUUUUUUACUGAAUUAGCGGGUUCUUUAGGAGCUGUGUCCAUUGUUUAAAAUCACCUAAUAGGUACUCCAGUCUCCACAUUUUUCCUUUAUUUUGAUUAUCUUUUCAUAUUGCAUAACCUUGAACUGGAUCCCAACCAUGUCAGAAAGUUCAGGCUGAUUAGAAGCUGCCGCUUCUAAGACUUUUUGGUGGGAGAGAGUGGGGAGGAGAGGAUGAGAAAAUAAUGACUGAUCCUUGUGAUAGGGUAGGUGUAUAAUGAAGAGGAAGAAGUUGACUACAAGUUUGAGACUGGUGAGGAGUCGCAUAUAAUUCUUAAGGUAACAGGGCAAUGAGUAAGAAGUAAACAAAAUUGUUCAUCAUUCAUCAUUCAAAAUGUUUAUAGAGUGCCUGGCUAUGUACCAGUCACUGGGAACUAAAAGGUAUAUAAAACCAGGUGAGGUCCCUGCUCUCCUGGAGCUUACAGAUGCUUUGAGGUGGCAGCUGUUAGAAAAAUAAAUAUUGACUAUAUGUUAUUACAGACUAAGAUAAACUGUCUAAAGGAAAGAAACAAAGUUCUUUGAGGGUUUAUACAAACUGAACUGUGAGACCAGGGAAGGCUUUCUCAAGGAGAUCUCCCUUGAGCCAAGAUUCAAAGAUGGAGAGGAAGAUUGAGGAUAUAUUUGUUGUUGACAUAGGACCAGGAUGUAUCCAUUAAGAAUAGUGUUUGGCUGCUAGUCAUUAAGAAGACUGACUGCCAUGUGACAUUUGCUGUACUACAUGAGCACAUAUGCCAACUUGGCAUUUUUGGCACUUUGGGAAAGAAUGCUUCUUUAUCACAGUAUCAGAGUAUCAGUUGCAUUGUCUUCAGUUGGUCAUGGUUUAUCAUUGCUGUAUUCUUGCUUUAUAAUUAAAUGUUUCGAUUAACAUUAUUCUUAUCCGUUUAUUAUACUGUGUACAACAAAAUGUAUGUAUUGCAGUUCAAUUGUGAAUCAUCCGUAUUCCCAUUAAUAAGGUAAAUAUAUAUAACCCUGAUACCAAAUAUGGUUUAUACACUGACUGUUCAAUGUUAUCACUAAAUAGAUUUUUUAACAGGUGAAAAUAGGUGUGGCAGGUGGACUGAAAUAUCUUCCCUCCAUCCCUAGCCACUGCUCUAAUUGGGAGGAUACCAGAAUUUUUCAAUUAUUCUAAAGCUUCAUGAUCCUUUUCAAAGAUUCACAUACAGCUCUUCAGUAAAGAAAAAAAAUCACCAAUUGCACUGAUGCUGUAAAUAUAAAUCUCACAAGUUGACUGAAUCCAUGACUGCAGAACCCACAUAUGUGGAGGACCAAGUGUACAUGUUUAUUUUAUUAAAUUUCAAAAACAAAAAAUAAAACAGGGAAGAAACCAGAAUUCCAUCACUGAGAUCUAAUCAUCCUUAACAUUUUGCUGCAGCGGAGGCACAGAUUUGGCUUACAGCUUCCUAACACUCAAGACAAAGAGGAAAACAGGAGAAGAGAGAAGAUUUAAGGCAUCACAGGAGGCCUCUACAUGAUGUGGCUUCCAAAGACUCAAGGACCACCCACCUUACAAGUCUGCAAUGAAGAAGGCAGAAAUGGAGAUUCAAACACCACUUCUUCUAUUCUUUUAUUAAUCACUCUGUAGACAUGUGUCCCCACUGCAGGGAGUGAACUGCUCCAAGGGAGAAAACUUCUGGGAGCCUCCAAACUCCUAGCUGUCUUGUCCCUCGCCCUGGAGAGAAGGCAGAACCAUGGCAUUUUAUUGCUGCUUCUGGGUCCUCUUGGCACUCACCUGGCACACCUCUGCCUAUGGGCCCGACCAGCGAGCCCAAAAGAAAGGGGACAUUAUACUUGGCGGGCUCUUUCCUAUUCAUUUUGGAGUAGCAGCUAAAGAUCAAGAUCUCAAAUCAAGGCCGGAGUCUGUGGAAUGCAUCAGGUAUAAUUUCCGUGGGUUUCGCUGGUUACAGGCUAUGAUAUUUGCCAUAGAGGAGAUAAACAGCAGCCCAGCCCUUCUUCCCAACUUGACGCUGGGAUACAGGAUAUUUGACACUUGCAACACCGUUUCUAAGGCCUUGGAAGCCACCCUGAGUUUUGUUGCUCAAAACAAAAUUGAUUCUUUGAACCUUGAUGAGUUCUGCAACUGCUCAGAGCACAUUCCCUCUACGAUUGCUGUGGUGGGAGCAACUGGCUCAGGCGUCUCCACGGCAGUGGCAAAUCUGCUGGGGCUCUUCUACAUUCCCCAGGUCAGUUACGCCUCCUCCAGCAGACUCCUUAGCAACAAGAAUCAAUUCAAGUCCUUCCUCCGAACCAUCCCCAAUGAUGAGCACCAGGCCACUGCCAUGGCAGACAUCAUUGAGUAUUUCCGCUGGAACUGGGUGGGCACAAUUGCAGCUGAUGAUGACUAUGGGCGGCCAGGGAUUGAGAAGUUCCGAGAGGAAGCUGAGGAAAGGGACAUCUGCAUUGACUUCAGUGAACUCAUCUCCCAGUACUCUGAUGAGGAAGAGAUCCAGCAUGUGGUGGAGGUGAUUCAAAAUUCCACGGCCAAAGUAAUCGUGGUUUUCUCCAGUGGCCCAGACCUUGAGCCCCUCAUCAAGGAGAUUGUCCGGCGCAAUAUCACAGGCAAGAUCUGGCUGGCCAGUGAGGCCUGGGCCAGCUCCUCCCUGAUCGCCAUGCCCGAGUACUUCCACGUGGUUGGAGGCACCAUUGGAUUUGCUCUGAAGGCUGGGCAGAUCCCAGGCUUUCGGGAAUUCCUGAAGAAGGUCCAUCCCAGGAAGUCUGUCCACAAUGGUUUUGCCAAGGAGUUUUGGGAAGAAACGUUUAACUGCCACCUCCAAGAAGGUGCCAAAGGACCUUUACCUGUGGACACCUUUCUGAGAGGUCACGAAGAAAGUGGAGGCAGGUUUAGCAACAGUUCGACAGCCUUCCGACCCCUCUGUACAGGGGAUGAGAACAUCAGCAGUGUUGAGACUCCUUACAUAGAUUACACGCAUUUACGGAUAUCCUACAAUGUGUACUUAGCAGUCUACUCCAUUGCCCAUGCCUUGCAAGAUAUAUAUACCUGCUUACCUGGGAGAGGGCUCUUCACCAACGGCUCCUGUGCAGACAUCAAGAAAGUUGAGGCGUGGCAGGUCCUGAAGCACCUACGGCACCUAAACUUUACCAACAAUAUGGGGGAGCAGGUGACCUUUGAUGAGUGUGGUGACCUGGUGGGGAACUACUCCAUCAUCAACUGGCACCUCUCCCCAGAGGAUGGCUCCAUCGUGUUUAAGGAAGUCGGGUAUUACAAUGUCUAUGCCAAGAAGGGAGAAAGACUCUUCAUCAACGAGGAGAAAAUCCUGUGGAGUGGGUUCUCCAGGGAGGUGCCCUUCUCCAACUGCAGCCGAGACUGUCUGGCAGGGACCAGGAAAGGGAUCAUUGAAGGGGAGCCCACCUGCUGUUUUGAGUGUGUAGAGUGUCCUGAUGGGGAGUACAGCGAUGAGACAGAUGCCAGUGCCUGUAACAAGUGCCCAGAUGACUUCUGGUCCAAUGAGAACCACACCUCCUGCAUUGCCAAGGAGAUCGAGUUUCUGUCCUGGACAGAGCCCUUUGGGAUUGCACUCACCCUCUUUGCCGUGCUGGGCAUUUUCCUGACAGCCUUUGUGCUGGGUGUGUUUAUCAAGUUCCGCAACACGCCCAUCGUCAAGGCCACCAACCGAGAGCUCUCCUACCUUCUCCUCUUCUCCCUGCUCUGCUGCUUCUCCAGCUCCCUGUUCUUCAUUGGGGAGCCCCAGGACUGGACUUGCCGCCUGCGCCAACCGGCCUUUGGCAUCAGCUUCGUGCUCUGCAUCUCGUGCAUCCUGGUGAAAACCAACCGUGUCCUCCUGGUGUUUGAGGCCAAGAUCCCCACCAGCUUCCACCGCAAGUGGUGGGGGCUCAACCUGCAGUUUCUGCUGGUUUUCCUCUGCACCUUCAUGCAGAUUGUCAUCUGUGUGAUCUGGCUCUACACCGCGCCCCCCUCAAGCUACCGCAACCACGAGCUGGAGGAUGAGAUCAUCUUCAUCACGUGCCACGAGGGCUCACUCAUGGCCCUGGGCUUCCUGAUCGGCUACACCUGCCUGCUGGCUGCCAUCUGCUUCUUCUUUGCCUUCAAGUCCCGGAAGCUGCCAGAGAACUUCAAUGAAGCCAAGUUCAUCACCUUCAGCAUGCUCAUCUUCUUCAUUGUCUGGAUCUCCUUCAUUCCAGCCUAUGCCAGCACCUACGGCAAGUUUGUCUCUGCCGUGGAGGUGAUUGCCAUCCUGGCAGCCAGCUUUGGCUUGCUGGCGUGCAUCUUCUUCAACAAGAUCUACAUCAUUCUCUUCAAGCCAUCCCGCAACACCAUCGAGGAGGUGCGUUGCAGCACCGCAGCUCACGCUUUCAAGGUGGCUGCCCGGGCCACGCUGCGCCGCAGCAACGUCUCCCGCAAGCGGUCCAGCAGCCUUGGGGGCUCCACUGGAUCCACCCCCUCCUCCUCCAUCAGCAGCAAGAGCAACAGCGAAGACCCAUUCCCACAGCCCGAGAGGCAGAAGCAGCAGCAGCCGCUGGCCCUAACCCAACAAGAGCAGCAGCAGCAGCCCCUGACCCUCCCACAGCAGCAACAAUCGCAGCAGCAGCCAAGAUGCAAGCAGAAGGUCAUCUUCGGCAGCGGCACGGUCACCUUCUCACUGAGCUUCGAUGAGCCUCAGAAGAACGCCAUGGCCCACAGGAAUUCUACACACCAGAACUCCCUGGAGGCCCAGAAAAGCAGUGAUACGCUGGCCCGACACCAGGCAUUACUCCCGCUGCAGUGCGGGGAAGCGGACUCAGAUCUGAGCGUCCAGGAAACAGGUCUGCAAGGACCAGUGGGUGGAGACCACCGGCCAGAGGUGGAGGUCCCUGAAGAGUUGUCCCCAGCACUUGUAGUGUCCAGUUCACAGAGCUUUGUCAUCAGCGGUGGAGGAAGCACUGUUACAGAAAACGUACUGCAUUCAUAAAAUGGAGAAGACUGGUCUAGGGAGAAUGCAGAGAGGUUUCUUGGGGUCCCAGGGAUGAGGAAUUGCCCCAGACCCCUUUCUUCUGAGGAAGAAGGGAUAAUAGACACAUCAGAUGCCCCAAAUUUAGUCACACCAUUUUAAAUGACAGUGAAUUGACCAAUGUUCUCUUUAAAAUUAAAGAAAGAAGAACCUUGUGUUUCUGUGGUUGCAUUUCAAAUCAUUGAGAUCUCCAGGGUCAGAUUUGCUGUUUGCCCACAUCUAAUGUCUCUUCCUCCGUUCUGUCCUACCCAACAGCUCAGAGAUGAAACUACGGCUUUAAACUACCCUCCAGAGUGUGCAGACUGAUGGGACAUCAAAUUUCUGCCACCACCAGAGCUGAGAAUCUGAAAGACAGAAUGACACGUCCUGCCCAAUGCCUUGACAACUGACUGAACUUUAAAUGUUCACAACAUAAGGAGAAUGUAUCUCCUCCUAUUUAUGAAAACCAUAUGAUAUUUGCUCUCCUACCUGCUGCUGCUAUUGUGUAACAUCUGGAAGGUUUGCACCCCUCCUAUACCAUAUGUCUGGUUCUGUCCAGGCCAUGACAGUGAUGCCAUGUUUAGAUUCCAGGAUCACAAGAAUCACCUCAAAUUGUUAGGAAGGGACUGCAUAAACCAAUGAGCUGUAUCUGUAAUUAAUAUUCCUGUAUGUAGUUUUAUCCUUAGGAAAAUGCUUCUGUUGUAAUAGUCCAUGGACAAUAUAAACUGGAAAAUGUCAGUCUGGUUUCUAUAAGGCAGUAUUAUUGAGCUCUAUUUCCCCACCCCACCAUCCUCACUCCCAUAAGCUGAGCCUUAUGUGAGCCCCUUCAGGGACUCAAGGGUCCAGAAGUCCCUCCCAUCCCUACCCCAAAGAAUUCAUGAAGCCAGAUUCACCCUGUCCCUGUGCAGAGUAAGCUCCCAACUAUUGGCCUGCUAAUAGCUGCAAGGGUAGGAAAGCAUGGUUCCAAGAAAGAUCCACCCUCAAAUGUCAGAGCUAUGUUCCCUCCAGCAGUGGCGUUAAUACUGCUGGUCACCCAGGCUCUGGAGCCAGAGAGACAGACAAGGGUUAAAGCUCUGUCUUGGUUAUUUGCAAGCUGGGUGACUGUAGGCAGGGAACCUUAACCUCUCUAAGCCCCAGCUUCUUCGUCUCUAAAAUGAGGACAGUAAUCAUUCUUUCCCCUCAGAGCUCUGAUGUGGAUUAAAUGAGAUAAUGUAUGUAAAGUACUUUAGCCUGGUGCCUAGCACACAAUAAGCAUUCAAUAAAUAUUAGUUAAUAUUAUUAUUACUGAUA